ACGUUACCGAGCCCGAUAAAACACCAAGCUGCUUCGCGCGGACGCAUCUAGACAGUCCGACCGUCCGCGCGCACAGAGCGACAGCAGCAGCAGCCGCACCUCCCGGAGACACCGAAUCGCGACUCGUUUGUACAUUCUAGGUGUUAAAUACCGACGAGAACGAUGGUCUGAAGCGAUUUAGGCGAUCAAUUCGUGAAUGUAAUUCCAUUACAUUCAUCUGAUCAGCGCGCAAAGGGCCGCUUUGGUUUCGCCGUCUCCUCAGUCGCCUUCUCUCUGAGAGAUUCACGUGCCCAUGCGAUUCUUCAGACUCACCUUUAAGUGUUUCGUGGAUUGUUUUUGAAGGUGCUGUUUCAAAUCGGUGUCUUUUUUCUUUUAUGAUCCGUUAUUUAUUUUCCAAACGCGUUUUUUGACAAAACAAACCAAUAAUAGCCGUUGCCAAUUUCGCCGAGAGAUUCAAACUGCCAUCCCUUGUGACCGUUUGACAUUGAAGAGAAACGGAAACUAACGUUACAUCCGUAAAGAAUAACACUGCAGGUUUGGUUUAAUAAAAGGAUAAGGGACCGGAUCCCGUGCACCUGAAGAGGAACAAAAGGGACAUCUUGGUGUGAAUUAAAAAAAAAAAAAAUUGACUUAAUCCAAAAACAAUAAGAGAUCAAAUAUUUAUUUUUGACUGCUGAUUUAAGCCCUUCUCGAGUCUCGUGAGGAGGUUCGUUUGCUUUGUUUACACGAGAGAUGGAGAAAUCCUCUCUGGACGCAGACUGCUGCGCCCUGAACACGGUCUUGGUGGAGGAGAAGAGGGGCCAUCUCAUUCCCAAUGGAAACGCGCAUCAAGGCGUCAAUGGGACCCUCAUCUGCGGGCCCAUAUCUGCCGCCACUGGGGCCAUAUCAUCUGCGGCGGCGGAGAAGAAGAAGGGCUACCCCGAGCGAGAGACGUGGACCAGACAGAUGGACUUCAUGAUGUCCUGUGUUGGGUUCGCCGUGGGUCUGGGGAACGUCUGGCGCUUCCCGUACCUGUGCUACAAAAAUGGUGGAGGAGUGUUCCUCAUUCCCUAUGUGUUGUUCAUAUUUCUGGGAGGCAUUCCGAUAUUCUUCCUGGAGAUUGCGCUGGGUCAGUUUAUGAAAGCUGGAAGCAUCAAUGUGUGGAACAUUGCACCUCUUUUUAAAGGACUCGGCUUUGCCUCCAUGGUGAUUGUGUUUUUCUGUAACACGUACUACAUCAUGGUACUUGCCUGGGGUUUCUACUACUUCAUAAAGUCCUUCAGUUCCACGCUGCCUUGGUCCACAUGCGACAAUCCGUGGAACACCGAAAACUGCAUCGAGAUCUUCCGCCACGGCGACUGCCUAAACGGCACCAUUGGCAACUCCACAUUCGGGAACCUGACAUGUGAAGAACUUGCUAAUGGGCGUUCCCCUAUUAUUGAAUUCUGGGAGAACAAGGUUUUGAACAUCUCUGAUGGGCUGGAUGAGCCGGGAGCCAUGAACUGGGAAAUGUUGCUGUGUCUUAUGGCUGUGUGGGUGAUGGUUUACUUCUGUGUGUGGAAGGGGGUGAAGUCAACAGGAAAGAUUGUGUAUUUCACUGCCACGUUCCCGUAUGUGGUCCUGAUUAUUCUCCUGGUGAGGGGCGUCACUCUUCCUGGUGCUUAUGAUGGGAUCAUGUACUAUGUCAAACCUAACUGGUCUAAACUGGGAGAGGCACAGGUCUGGAUUGAUGCUGGUACUCAAAUCUUUUUCUCCUACGCUAUCGGGCUCGGAGCCCUCACGGCCCUCGGCAGCUAUAACCGAUUCAACAAUGACUGCUAUAAGGAUGCUUUUGUUCUGGCUUUUAUUAAUAGCGGCACCAGUUUCUUUUCUGGUUUCGUGGUCUUCUCCAUCUUAGGUUUCAUGGCAUCUGAACAAGGUGUGGACAUCUCUAAAGUGGCUGAAUCAGGCCCCGGUUUGGCGUUCAUAGCAUACCCUAAAGCCGUUUCUAUGAUGCCCGUGGCUCCGGUGUGGGCUGCCCUAUUCUUCAUCAUGCUGCUACUGCUAGGACUGGACAGUCAGUUUGUUGGUGUGGAGGGUUUCGUAACUGGCAUUCUUGAUCUUUUCCCUGGAAAGUAUUACAUGCGCUAUCAGCGCGAAAUCGCUGUGGCGAUCUGCUGUUUAUUAUGCUUCAUUAUAGAUAUCUCCAUGGUUACACAGGGAGGGAUGUACGUCUUCCAGCUGUUUGACUACUACUCAGCCAGUGGAAUGACCCUACUGUGGCAAGCAUUCUGGGAAUGCGUGGUUGUCGCGUGGGUUUAUGGUGCUGACAGGUUCAUGGAUGAUAUUGCCCGUAUGAUCGGUUACCGGCCAUUCCCAUGGAUGAAGUGGUGCUGGUCCUUUAUAACUCCAUGUGUUUGCAUGGGUAUCUUCCUAUUUCAUCUGCUGAACUACAAGCCUCUGACCUACAACAAUGUGUAUGUGUACCCGUGGUGGGGCGAGGUGAUCGGAUGGUGUAUGGCUCUCUCCUCCAUGCUCUGUAUCCCCGUUAGCUUUGUCUACAAGCUGUCUGGAGCCAAGGGAACAUUCAGAGAGCGUUGGGAAAUUCUGACCAAACCAGUGUGGGGAGCCCAUCACCUCGAAUACAUGGCCCCUGACACUGACAUUAAAAGCCUGGCCUCUCUGUCUCCUGGAACGGAGGAGAACAAGGUGAUCAUUUUUGAGAGUGUUAUGUAGAUCAAAGGGAAAUACAACGACAACCCUCCUAAGGCAAGCUGGUUGAAGAAAUCAUCAGUAUUUUCUUUUCUUUCUUUUUUUUGUCAUUUUAUGGAAUUCUGCAUCAUCUUACAGUCUUAAAACAGCUGAUGGAAAUUGACAGUUACAUUUUGUUUCAUACAACAGAUCCUCUAGCAUGCACAUUUCCAGAUGCUCUUCCUCUUCCACCUGUUGAAACUGCAAACUAUAUACAUGAUUUUUAAAAAACGAUGUGCAAAGUUUAUUGCAGAUAUCAAGACUUGCCGGGCGAAAUCAGCAUGUCUUUGGAGGGGGCAGUAUAGUGUAGCCUAUAACAUUAUUUCACAGAGCGGCAGAAUUCCCACAGGCCACUUUCCUGAACGUGAUAUGGGUCUCUUUGCACUGACACGAGCAUCAAAACUGAGCAAGAAGCACAUGGAUAAAAUGUAAAAAAAAAAAAUUUGUUGCAAAUGCAUCCUUGAUUUAAAGUGGCCUAGUACAGACGAUAAUUAGCAAUAAGCGUUUUCAAAUUCAUAAAAUCUCAUGCAUAUUUAAACUAAAAUUCACUAAUAUAUGUUUAACUGAUCAGCAAAAACAGAUACAGAUCUAACAAUCAAACUAAAUGUGUAGAUUUGACACAUGUAGUUGCCAAAUAUUGAGAAAUCAUUUCUAUAGCUUUUGUUUGAUGUGUCUUCAUCUGAGACAGGUGACCUCAAUUCCUAGUGCAUGAUAUCACAGCGUUUACUGUAAGUGCCAAACAGAGCGUGAUGUCCAUCUCUGCUCAGGCUUGUCAGGAGAUGGUUUUAGUUGCCAUAAAUAAAAUCAAUAACUUCCUAGUUCAGCUGAAAUGUACUGUGUGCUCGAUCUAUCCUGCACAUCAAGAGAUGCAUGUUUGGAAACAUCUAGAGAGUUUCUAUCAAGACAGGCAAGAUUUCAAACGUGGUGCUUGUGAGCCAAAAGUUGCAUUUUGUUAAAGACUGAAUUGUUAAAGUCAACAUGAAGCAUUCAUUUUUCACAAUGCCAUCAAUAAUUUUUCCAGUUUCACAAUGAAUAACAUCACAUUAGUGAAUUAAAAUGGGCUGCAAGCAACGUUUCAUGCCAUAUUUGUUUACAAUUUUAGUUUCAGUUCUACAUUUUGAGUGCCAGUAUUAGUAUGCUCCCUGAUAUAAUGAAAACUUAAAAAAAAAAAAGUUAUUUAAAAAAGUCAAAGUGCAAAUACAACAUUGUAGAGUUUCGCAGAAAUGCAUAUUAUCAUAAAGAUUGCUAUAGCUUUAUCAAUUUUCUACAGAUUGAAACCAUGUUGACCAUAGUGGGAAUAUUACAGAUAAAUCAAAAGACAGAUUUUUGAAACCACAAUUUGAAAUGUUUUCCAUCUAGAUGCAGCAAGUGUUUGUUUUUGUUUUUUGCCAAUGUGCAGAAUGCUGAACAUCUGAGCGGAGAUCUUGAUCUCUGUUGUUCUGCUGUAAAGCCUGUGUCCGCAGGUGAACUAUAGACAUGUAGUUGCCAAACUUUGCCUUUAUUUGUCUUAAGUUGAGAACCCAUAGACAAAUAGCCAAGAUUAAACCAAGAAAAAACCGGCCUCAUUCCGACCUGUGGGAGUUCUGCCCUGUAGGAGAAUCAACUCAAACACUAAAUCAUUGUAACAUUAUAGAUGUAAUCAGAAUGUACAAAUUAGACUACAUAAUGUAAGGCCUCAGAAUAUAUUUGCACAUUGUCCUAAAAUAAUCUGCUAGCACUUUUUAAUCAUGUUAGAAAGCAUUUUUUUUUCUUCUUGUGAUUUACAUACUGUAAAAUAAAUCAGAGAUUUAUUUUGUGAAGGCUAUUAUUUUGCUUAUAUGCAUAUAAAUAUAAAUACAUAUUGAUAUUUGUGUGCUAUAUUUUAACAUUUGAUGCUGUAUGUACUUUUGAUAAAGUUGAUAACAUGGAGUGGGAAUUCUUAGUGAAAUGCUGCAAAGCAUUCGAGAGAUAGCACACAAAAUUGUUUUAUUUAGAAUAUCAAGUGCUGCGGUUGUUAAAUGUUUUAGAUUGUGUGUGUUAAACUCCAGUAUUUUCUGCUGACCACCCAGAAUCCAGCUCGAUUUGGUUUUCAUUGUACAUCAUUGGAGAAACCAGUUACCUCUUACCAGUGACUAAAAGAAGCAUCUAUAGGUGAUUAUUUCAGCAAAAGGUGGCGCUACUAAAAAUUGAUGCUAUUGUUUGAUUGGGUACCCACAUUUUUGCACCUGUGUGUUUUUGUUCUGAUUCAUAUUGCAUUGUUUCUGUUGAUUCAAUUUUUUUUAUUUCAAAACUGAAAUGUUACUGUCUUCAUAAGGUAUCAAGAUAUAUCUAAAUUAAGUUGCUGCUUCCAAAGCCCAGCAGAUUGUGAAUUAUUAUUAUGAUAAUUAUCAGGGGUGCCCAAACUUUAAGCAUAAAUGUCCAUUUUAGUGGCACAUCCAUUCGUUCCCAUAGAGUUGAACAUGCCUUUAUGACUGUCUGUAGUGAGAAUGAAAUGAUCUAAGUGCCCCUCAGACAUCUGAGACUAAGUUAACCCCUCACCACUUCCAAUUUUGAGAUACUGGUUUACCAAAGGCCUUACUCAUUGACCUAUUACUCAAAUUGGACUAAAUAGUUACUCAAAAAUUUGCUGAAAAUUUACUCUUUGUCCUUCCAAAAUAUAGACGAGUUUGUUUCUUCAGGGAACAGAUUUAGAGAAAUGUAGCACUACAUCACUUGCUCACCAAUGGAUGCUCUGCAGUGAAUGGGUGCCGUCAGACUGAGAGUCCAAACAGCUGAUAAAAACAUCAAAGUAAUCCACACCACUCCAGUUCAUCAAUGUCUUUUAAGCAAAAAGCUGUAUUGGUCAGAAGCAAAUCCAUCAAGAUGUUUUAACUUUGGUUUUACAAUUGUGAUGCUUUUAUCAGCUCUUUGAGCUCUUAUUCUGACAGCAUCUACAUGUUGGAUGGCCUGAGGGCGAGUACAUUUUCAGCUCAAUUUUAUUUUUUGGUGAACUAUUCCUUUAAACAAGUCAAACUUCAAACAAAAAAUCUGUCAAAUCAAACACUAAUUUUUAACAUCAGAAAGAUUCAUUUCUAUCCGUCCGAAUAAGAGCCUGGGUUGGUCAGUAGAUAAAUGAUUAAAUAGUGAUUACAUGUAGAAAUGUUCAUCUAGAAAAAAAAAGUUAACAAAAGAAGAAAAAAAUGUUUUAUGUCAUUUCUUGUGCUCUGCCAAAUGUUCUCGACAGUAUCAUUGCACUGAAGGUUUGCUGAAUGUUUGUCGAGAUCUAGAGGAAAAAUUACACAAAGUCCUUAAAGGGAAUGGUGAACAGCACAGUAGAAUCACAGCUGAAUCAAUCUCAGACUACACUCAGAAUGCAGUGUCUAUUUAUUAACUCAGUUAGCCUUUGUUCAUUGAUUCCAAAGACUUGGUUACAGAUUCAGUAGAACCAAACGAUAAAGCAGCCCUCGAGAGGACCAUCUAAUGAGAGAGUCCAAAGCUUUGGGUGACGAUACUGUCUUGAAACCUCACAGUUGACCUGGUAAUAAGCUCACUGAUGUCUUUCAUUCUUGUGGUUUGUAACAAACUGUGAUGUAACCAUGGCUGUCCAUUUUUAACGUUAACAUUAGUAAAGCUAAGGUAACUCUACCAUGUGUGUUAGUGUCUCAUCUAUCUAACAGGAUCCCUCUCGUGUAAGAAGGGCUUCAUGCUCCACCACUGUGAUCUUGUGCUGAUCCACCUGCCCAAGUUAAAGCAACAAAUGGCAAUAAACUAACUCCAUGAAA